UCACAUCAAAAAUGAAAUGGCUCACCUAUUUGUGGAGGAAUUCCCUUUCUUAAAAGAUCCAAGUGGAGUUACUGGUCAUGAGGCCUGGUACAUCAAAGGAGAGAAACACAGACCUGCCAGUGGGUACUUUGAACUCCGUUUGCGAUAUGUCCGUUGGCAAAUGAAUAAGAGUGCAUCACCACAAAACAAUUGCAAGAAAAGGAUUGAACCAGCUCCAGUGAAGAAGCAGCAUCGGACUAGUGAGCAACACCACCCUGUCAAAAUGAUUUUAGAGGAAGAUGAGCAAGAGGCUAUAAAUUGGCUUCAUCAUAAUGAUGCACCACAAUCCAUGGUCUUGGAGAAGAUGAAGAAGACAGCACACGCAAGGUAUAAGUGGUUAAGACAGCUGCCUAGACCAAGCACAGCUGAAAUCUUUGAGAAAUAUCCCAGACUGCUGGACUCUGGUGUGGUAGAACAAGAUUUCAGCGAAACAGUAAACAAAUCAGCCGAUAGUCUUUUCUGCAAGUGGCCUGGAUUAGCACCACAGCUUGUCAUGUAUGUGAAGAAUGUCCAUCCUCAGUACAAAACCAGCUUAGACAUCAUAGACAUGGGUGGAAGUGGAGGGGGUGCAAGAGAGCAGCAGGAUCAAGAUGAUGCAGAAGCAACAGAAGAGCAUGGAGAUGUAAAGCUUUCGCAAAUGGAAACUGAAGCACUUGCUUUCGCUGUUUUACCAUUGGUACUCUGUGGACGGGCCAGGGGUAAGAAAGGGAAAUGUUCUGUCUUCGAGAGUGUCAAAUCAUUCAUUGAUGUCAAGCCUGAAGGGACUGACAUGGCAUUUUACCUUAAGUCAGUUGAUAGAGAGACACAUCCCCAACCCUUCCUGCUAGUUAUUGGAUCGCGCAUAAAUCCACUGCAAAUCUUCGUCAUCGUUGAAAGACAAGCUCUCCAGUUCAACACCAUGACUAAAGCAGUUGACUAUUGUUUUAAGCUCAUUUAUGUGUUUGACAUAGAGUACCAGCCUGCUUGUGGUACAACUUGGGAGUUCCUCCAGACAAACGUCUAUGGCAUUGCAGGGAAAUGUGGAGUUUCAACAUCAGUUAGGGAGUUAAGGACAUUCUUGUCGUGUCAGACAGGUAAUUAA